AUGGAUAGAUUGUGCGAGACUGGACAGGACAUGGAAGAGAAAGGGGGUGAUGAAGGGAUGACAAGCGUUCCUCGCAAUAUCGCCAUCUCUAACAUGACGCUGGCUGUACACAGUCGCCGAGACAUUACGAGACAGGCUGAGAGCGAGUAUGUAUGGAGCUUUCGUCUCGUCUCGCUCUCUCUCGGCUCGCCACCUCUCGGUCGCGUGUCCAUCAUGGUGGCGGUGAACGGUAUCCAUAACUCAAACGCUACAACGAGUGUGUACAUGGUAGGCCUGUUUGAGCCUCGAAAGCACCAAAAGCUCGAGAGUCGAAGCAAGGUGCUCUCGACGAGUGUGUACUGCCGGCAUGAGCUGUUAGAGAGAGGCGUUAGAGUCGAGAACACAGUG